AUGGCAAUCCUGCGGUCUCCCAUUCUGGUGUUGAUUGUGGCCCUUCUGGCUGGCCAGGCAUUGGCCUCGCUGGGAGACCGAUUACCAGAUUUCAAAGAAUGCGUCAAGAUUUGCAUAGAGACGAAUUGCCAAAAUGAGGGUUCGGUCUUGCCCCUCCACCUUCGUCUGAUGCUGUGGACGUGCCCGUCAGAAUGCGACUAUACCUGUCAACAUGUCAUUACAGACGCUAGACUCAACCGAGAGUUCCCCAUGCUGCAACCGAUUGUCCAAUUCCAUGGAAAAUGGCCGUUUUACAGAGUGUUGGGCAUGCAAGAGAUUUUCUCCGUUUUUUUCUCGUUUCUCAACUUUUACGGCCACUACUACGGCUCGAAGAAAGUCGUCGAGCGCAUCCCGGCUUCAUACCCGCUUCGCAAAUACUCUGUCGCUUUCGGAUAUUUCGGAAUGGCUAGCUGGAUUUUCAGCAUGAUAUUCCACGCACGAGACUUUCCGAUCACCGAGAAGCUCGACUAUUGGGCUGCCGGCGCAAGUGUACUGUACGGGCUCUAUUUUGCAGUCAUCCGGAUCUUUCGCUUGGACGACCGGAGGGAUCGUUCCAAAUCAGCCGUCCGCCGGCUGUGGACUGCUACCUGCAUCAUCUUGUACAUUGCUCACGUAUCUUACCUCGGCUUCUGGUCAUGGGACUAUACCUACAAUUUGAUUGCCAACGUCGUUGUUGGCACCAUUCAAAACGUGAUGUGGAUAAUGUUCAGUAUAAAUCGGUUCAGGAAAGAGCCCAACAAGUCAUGGACUGCAUGGCCCGGCCUGAUUGUGACUUGGAUCAUGGCGGCGAUGAGUCUUGAGCUAUUCGAUUUCCCACCGUUGUGGGGAUUAAUCGAUGCUCAUAGUCUUUGGCACCUGGGCACGGUAGUUCCAGCGGCUUGGUGGUAUGCGUUUAUCAUCAAGGAUUCGCAGGAUGACAUGGAUAUGCAGAGGUUAAAAGCUUGA